AAGGGGGCGUUGCCGGUGACGUUCCUCCAGCCGGCUUCAUUGACACAGUUACUUUCUCCGUCUGACCGUGCCAACAGAUUCCGCAACGCUGUACAAUAGAUGGACUAACCGACACGUAUUUGUAGCCAGACAAGGACGCACAGGAAGAGAGGGAUUCAGGGCCCUGCUCAAAUGAGCUUACAUUCCAAGGGGACUGGGGUAAAGUGACUCAAAAGAGAUGGACGAGGUACAUGUUGCAGGUAUUGCCGUUGCCAAUGUGCUCCAGACACACCUCCGCGGUUCUGAGGAAUUCUGGCUGUGGGUGACAUAUCUCGGGGACCCUGCCUGUGUCUUCCUUAUAUACUUCCCUCUGGUUUAUUCAUACAAGCGCAGACUCGGAGUGACUGUCCUUUGGCUGGCUUUAAUUUCUGAAUGGCUCAAUCUUGUCUUAAAAUGGUUCCUGUUUGGUGAACGUCCAUUUUGGUGGAUAUUUGAAUCAGGAAAAGACAGUGAUGUAAAACUGAAGCAAUUCUCUUCAACAUGUGAGACAGGACCUGGGAGCCCUUCAGGACACUGCAUGAUCACCGGAUCGGCUCUUUUGCCAGUAGUAAUUUUCUUAACUAAGCAAUGGUCACAAAGGGGAACAUAUCGCUUUAUUCCAAUAUUUCUCUAUUCUCUGCUUAUGAUGGGGAUAGCAGUCUCCAGAGUCCUUAUCCUGGCACACUUUCCUCACCAAGUUUUGGCUGGUAUUAUUACUGGUGUUUUCUUGGGUCAGGUGUUGGAACGUACCGUACCCAGAAAUCGCAGUUUUGUCUUUUUUGCACUGGCUUCUCUGCUCCUCCUGUUUGGUGCUGUUUUUAUAAACUGGGUGAUGACGGUAUCCGGAGUGGACCUCUCAUGGUCGAUCCACCUGGCCACAAAGUGGUGUUCCAAACCAGAAUGGGUUCACCCAGAAACAAAACCCUUCUCCUCUGUGACCAGGAGUGCUGGGAACGCUUUAGGACUAGGACUGGCUCUGCAUUGUCCAUUGUACCGCAGUCUGCAGGGUGACAAUACACGAUGGCUUGAGAGAGGCGUUGACCUGCUGUUCUCCAUCUUGCUCCUAAAAAUUCUGCACAUUGUCCCAUUACCAGCCUCAUCCCCAGCGGUCUUCUAUGCAUCCAACUUUUUGUGCCACUCUCUGUGCCCUUUGGCAGUCAUUAUUUUGGCCCCAUUUAUAAAGAAGAAGAUUUGCUUUGGAAACACAUCCAAGAGAGACUAAAGUUCUGCAGACAUCACAUUCUGAGUAGUCGUUUAUUCAGGUUUGUUGGUUUUGAUCUGACAUUUACAAGGAAUCUUCCUGCUCCGCCUUAUUUAACUCCUUAAGGACACAGCUUCAGAAGCUGGACAUACCCUUAAGGACACAAGCAAUUUUUGCAUUUUUUGCUGUUUGUGUUCAACUGCAAUUUGCAUCUCUCUCAUUUAUUGUACCAACACA